AUGACGGACGUACGGCCUGAGCAAAGAAACAUCCCGAGUCACGAGUCUAGUGGAAACAACUCAGAAAAGGAUGAUGAAACAACACGCAGCCCCAGCCCUGUCGGCGAACAGAAUGAGAAGGCUCCUGUCGAUGCUCAAGGACGAAGGGAACUAAAAGAGACUGAUUGCCCCGAGAUUUUGGCAUACGCCUGGCCGACAUGGAAGAAAUGGAUGUAUCUGGCUGGCAUCGCAGGCAUCCAGAUCUCCAUGAACUACAACACUUCGGUCUUUCCCAAUGCCGUCACACCUCUGUCGGAGGCUUUCCACAUUGGUGAACAAGAAGCAAGAACUGGUCAGAUGAUCUACCUGGUUCUGUACUCAUUCGGUUGCGAGCUGUGGGCGCCCUGGUCUGAGGAGUUUGGUCGUUGGCCCAUCCUCCAGCUUUCCAUGUUCCUCAUCAACAUCUGGCAGAUUCCUUGCGCCUUAGCUCCUAACUGGGGAACGAUUCUUGUCUGCCGUGCUUUGGGUGGUCUCUCUACUGCUGGCGGUAGUGUCACUCUUGGUCUCAUCGCCGAUCUGUACCAGCCCGACGAGCAGCAGUACCCUCUGGCUUUCAUCGUCCUGUCUUCUUGUAUCGGUACCAGUAUUGGAGGUGUUAUUGGUGGACCUAUCCAGCGCUUCCUCAAGUGGCAAUGGUUCUUCUGGAUCAUGCUCAUCUUCGGUGGUGUUGUCCAAAUCAUCCAUUUCUUCAUGCCCGAAAGUCGUUCGACUAUCCUCCUGGACAGAGAAGCUAAACGUCGUCGCAAGACUGGCGAGGAUCCCAAUAUCUAUGGACCUAACGAGCUCAAGAAACCACGUAUCUCGCUCAAGGAAGCUGGCAAAGUCUGGAUCCGUCCCUUCGAAAUGUUCCUGCGCGAACCCAUCGUACUUUGUCUAUCGCUUCUCUCCGGUUUCUCUGACGCCCUUAUCUUUACCUUCUUGGAAAGUUUCCCCUAUGUAUACACGAAGUGGAACUUUGGUAUUCUCGCCCAGGCAUGGGCCUUCAUCCCCAUCAACCUCGCUUACUUCCUCGCCUACUUCAUGUACCUCCCAUGCUUCAUGCGCGACAACUAUAUCCGCAGAAAGAAGGGAGAUGAUUGCUUCUUGCCAGAGCGUCGUCUCAAGGUGCUGCUAUGGCUUGCUCCUUUGGAACCCAUUGGUCUGAUUGGAUUCGCUUGGUGUUCGCUUGGUCCUAGCUACCACGUUCACUGGAUCGCACCCAUGAUCUUCUCCGCUUGUGUCGGUAUCGCCAACUACGCCAUCUACUUCUCGUCAGUAGACUACAUGAUUGCUGCUUACGGUGUUUACUCUGCCUCUGCUUGUGGUGGCAAUGCCUUUGCUCGUGACUUCCUUGCUGGAAUUUCGGCCAUGUACGCUACACCUCUCUACAAGAACAUCGGAGGACACCCUCAGGCUUAUGCCAGUACGAUCCUUGCUGGUGCGUCCGUGCUUGUAGUCAUCCCUAUCUACAUCUUCUACUGGAAGGGACCUCUUAUCCGCGACAGAUCGAAGUUCGCAAAGACCUUGGCUGAGGAUCGCAAGAAGGAGGGAGUCAGACGUCUCAGUUACGCCGACAACCUGCCUGCUUAA